UUUAGCUUCCCCUACAAUAUGUAACAUAACCGCAAUUGGAGAAAAGUGUAGUGAAAAUAUUCUUGAAAUAGUUUUUCAUGAAUUUCCGCACAUUUUUCCCUUUUUUGCAUCCCUAGACGUCCUAUUGGUGGGGGGCUUGUGGCAUUUUUUGUAGCCAAACGUGAAAGUAGAUAGCUUCCGUAUGUUUUGUUGCCUACGCAAUUGCUUGGGGGAUGCAUUCACCACUCAAACGGUUCCGGUGCGUCCCCGUGAGAAUCCCAUUCAUCUGGAUACAACUCACAUGGGGCACGAGGUUGUGCUAGUAAAGAAUGGACAGAGAGUUUGUGGAUCAGGGGGUGUUUUGGCAACGGCCCCACUGGUACAGUCCAAAUCCUACUUUGAGGUGAAACUCCAACAGAAUGGACACUGGUCCAUAGGACUCGCCACAAGAAAUACAGAUCUCAAUAAGGCCAAGGGUGGAACUGAUGCAGACUCUUGGUGCCUGGGCUCAGACAACAUUGUCUGGCACAGUGAUCAGGAAGUACAUCGUCUGCAGAAAGCCCCCGAUGGGGAUGAGAAGCAAGAUGAAGUAUUGCAUUUACCAGCAGAAGGGGAUACAAUUGGGAUUGCUUUUGAUCACGUUGAGCUCAAUUUUUACGUGAAUGGACAGAAACUCGAUGUACCCGUGCUCAAUGUUCGAGGCACCGUCUAUCCUGCACUAUUUGUCGAUGAUGGAGCUGUUCUUGACAUCCUCUUGGAUAAUUUCACAUACCCACCCCCGGUGGGCUUUGAGAAAAUCAUGCUGGAGCAGUCACUCCUCUAGGGGGACAUCCUCCCAUGUUGGAACAUCACAUUUUAUCAUUUAUGAGCUUUAACUGUGAAUCUGAGCAUCUAACCCUGAUCACAUCACAAAAAAAGAAUCUUAAUGUACUUAUUCGUAACAUUCCGCGAAUUUCAGCAUUCCACAAGGGCAUGAAUGACUUCGAGAGCUGCUAUGGAGAGAACCAAUAUGCUUGUGAAUCGAAUGGGAGAGAAUAAAUUAUUAAGAAAAUUAUUUUAUGGUCAAA